AUGGCGUCGCAAAAGUCCACCUCCCCGGAGAUGCAGAAUUUCCUGGUGCAGCAGCAGGCCAAGGCGCAGCUACAGCAGACAAUAUCGCGGCUGACGGAUGAGUGCUGGGCCAAGUGCAUCGGAAACCCAGGCACGUGCGGGCUGCUGGGCAGCCACUCUCCCAGCAACUACAUGUCGUCCAAGGAGCAGGCCUGCAUGGACAACUGCGCCCGCCGCUUCCUAGAGUCCACGCAGUUUGUUGUCAAGUACUUCCAGGCCAAGGCCAAUGCCAACCAGCACAGCGACUUCUGA